AUGCGUUACUUCCCACUCACACCUAGGCUGAAACGAUUAUAUUGCUCAAGACACACUGCGGAGGAUAUGCGGUGGCAUUACUCGCAGAGACCAAAAGAAGACGGUGUGCUUAGGCAUCCUGCGGAUGCUGAAGAAUGGAAGCAGUUUGACCGCCUUCAUCCGUCUUUUGAUGUUGAACCUAGUAAUGUCAGACUGGGAUUGGCGACUGACGGUUUUAAUCCAUUUGGCAACAUGAGCAACUCUUACAGCCUGUGGCCAGUUAUUUGUGUCCCAUAUAAUUUGCCACCGUGGAAGUGUAUGAGUUCUGAAUCGUUGUUGUUGACCUUAUUAAUUCCAGGUCCAUCAUCUCUUGGGAAAGACAUAGAUGUAUUCAUGAGACCGUUAAUUGAUGAACUGAAACAGUUGUGGGAGACGGGUGUUGAAACCCGAGAUGCCUACAACGGAACUGUGUUUUCAAUGCGUGCGGCAGUGUUGUGGACAAUAAAUGACUUUCCUGCUUAUGCUCUAAUGUCUGGUUGGAGCACAAAAGGGUAUAUGGCGUGUCCCACUUGCAAUGAACAUACUCCUUCCAUUGGCCUAAAUAGUAAGAUUGGAUAUGUUGGCCACAGACGCUUUCUCGAAAUGAGUGAUCCGAGAAGGAGAAGCAAAAAGUACAAUGGUAAGCCUGAGAAGAGAGCACCACCUCCUGUAUUGACGGGGGAUGAUAUUUUAUCUCAAUUAGACCGAAUUCCAUUGACUUUGCCUGGAAAACACAAACAGUUCGGGGGUGUGAAACGGAAGCGUUCUAGUGAAGAGCUCAAUUGGUCUAAAAAAAGUAUUUUUUUUGAGCUUGAGUACUGGAAGUCAAAGUCCUUACGACAUAAUCUUGAUGUAAUGCACAUUGAGAAAAAUGUGUGUGACAGCUUAGUAGGUACUCUUCUAAGUAUCGACGGGAAGUCAAAGGAUACCGACAAGGCGAGAAUGGAUUUGCAAGACUUGCAAAUACGACGAGAGUUGUGGUUGUAUGAAGACCGGAAUGGGAAGUGGAAGAAGCCUCCAGCUAGUUACACACUUAGUGUUCAAGAACAGAUUGAAUUUGCAGACUUCAUAAAGUCUGUACGAUUUCCGGGCGGUUUUGCAGCAAACUUAGACAAAAAUGUAAAUUUGGAUACGGGCAAGAUUUCCGGGCUCAAAUCACAUGAUUGUCAUGUGUUGUUACAACGUUUACUACCGGCAGGUAUCCGUAAGUUCUUGAAAAAAGAAAUCCGGGACACAAUCAUUGAGCUGUGUGUGUAUUUCAAACAAUUAUGCUCAAGAACACUUCAUGUUUCGGAUUUAGAAAAAAUGCAAACAAAUAUUCUAACUAUUUUGUGCAAGUUAGAAACAAUUUUUCCACCGACCUUCUUCGACAUAAUGGUUCACGUAGUUAUGCAUCUCCCUAAAGAAGCUAUACUAGGUGGACCAGUGCAGUACAGGUGGAUGUAUCCCAUUGAGCGCUCAAUGUCUGUGUACAAGCAAUAUGUCAGGAAUCGUGCCCGUCCGGAAGGCUCUAUUGCUGAAUCUUUUGUGGUUAAUGAGGCAUUAACCUUUUGCUCAAUGUACUUUCGAGAAGUGGAAACUCGAUUCAACCGUCCUGACCGGAACAAUGACAUUGUCCAAAACAUGCCAACUCGAUAA